AUGACGACAGCAGCACUCGCCGGUAGUACUGGGCUCGUGGGCUCGAAUAUACUGUCUCAGUUGCUCGCUCAUCCAGCCUUCUCUUCCAUCUAUGCCUACACCCGCCGCGAGCUCCCCAACCCCACCGCCUCUACCAAACUCACCCCCAUAAUCUCGACCGAGAGCUCGGAAUGGCCGUCCCUCUUCCCUCGCGAGAUGAAGCCCCGUGUUUUCUUCUCAGGUCUCGGAACUACGAAAGGCGCUGCGGGCAGUAUCGAAGCCCAACGCAAAAUCGACCUCGAUCUCAACCUCGAGCUUGCGCGCGCCGCCAAAGAGGCGGGUACGGAUACCUACGUGCUGAUCAGUACCGCCAACGCGAGCUCAAAGUCCUCCUUCGCAUAUCCCAAGAUGAAAGGCGAGCUCGAAGACGCGGUAAAGGCUUUGGGUUUCAAGCACACUGUCAUUUUGCAGCCAGGGCUUAUUGUGGGAGAUAGAAACGAGUCGAGGCCUGCGGAGACGGCGAUCAGAAUGCUGGCAAAGGGUAUGCGGAGUUUGACGCCUGCUUUGACCAAUUUUUGGGCGCAGGAUGCAAUCGUGAUUGCGAGGGCCGCGGUGAAUGCUGGUUUGAUGUGUGUAGAGGGAAAGAAGGAAGAGGGAGUUUGGCUGGUGGGACAGGCGGAGAUUGUUAGUCUAGGGAAAGAGUGA